CCAACCGACCACGAGCCGCGACAGGAACAGAUCCAAGGUCAGUUCUUGUGUGCAGUACAUGUAGGAUAAUCCAAACCUGUUACAUGUAACGCGUGGGAAGUAUAGGUGAGCCUGAUUGAAUGGAAGGAAGCGAGAUGAUGAACCGAGCCGAUCCGGGCCAGUCCACACCGGGUCGCGAUACGAGAAACAGUAGCGCUCAGACUAACAGCAGACUACAAGGUCCUGGCCCCAGGCUAUCGGAGGUAAACCUGUUCACCUUGUUGAGUUUGUGGAUGGAGCUGUUCCCGCAAGAGCAAUCCGAAGAAGAGGACCACAGUGAGAUCCGUGGGACGGGUCUGGUGGUGGUGCGGGACCGCAAGGUGGUGGGACUCCACUGUUCAGGACCCGAUCUCCACGCAGGACAGGCAGCCAUCAUCCAACAUGGCGCCUGCUUGGCUGACUGUCAGUUGUACUUCUCGCGGAGGCCCUGCGCCUCCUGCCUCAAGAUGAUCAUCAACGCUGGGGUCAAUCGGAUCUCCUUCUGGCCCGGAGACCCUGAGGUCAGCAUGCUGAGGCCCGCCUCCGCAGACCACCCGAGCUCCCUCGGUCCACUUGACCGCAUCACGGAGGAGGCCGCACUGGACGCCGUGGCAGUGGAGAGGCUGAAGUCCAACAGCCGUCCCCACAUCUGUGUGCUGCUGCAGCCGCUGGCGCCCGGCCUGGCGCAGUUUGUGGACGAGACGUCCCGGAAGUGUGAUUUCGUGGAGAGAAUGUCCGAUGAUGAACCGGGGCUGAAUACAGAGGAGCUCUUCAACAGAGAGCGGACGACACACCUGAAGGAUUUCCGCAGACGGCUCCUGGUCAAGACGUCCGAGCGGCACCGGGAGAUCUUGACCCACAUGGGUCUGGAGAACUUCUGUGUGGAGCCGAACUUCUCCAACCUGAGACACAACAUGAGGGAGCUGGUGGAGGUUCUGGCCGCGGUGGCUGCGGGUGUGCCGCAGCAACGCUACGGCUUCCACAGGGAGCAGCCGUCAACCCCGGAGUCCUCGCCGCCUCUCCGUCACGAGGGGAUGUCCCAAGAAGUGGCUCGCCAUUGCAUCAUCCAAGCCAGGCUGCUGGCUUAUAGAACAGAGGACCCCAAAGUGGGUGUGGGUGCUGUCAUCUGGGCCAAAGCACCAUCGGCUGCCAGUGAUGGAACGGGGUGUCUGUGCCUGGUGGGUUGCGGGUACAACGCCUACCCAGCCGGCUCCCACUAUGCAGAGUACCCCCAGAUGGACAACAAACAGGAGGACCGGCAGAGACGCAAAUACAGAUACAUCGUCCACGCCGAGCAGAACGCCCUCACCUUCAGGACCCGACCCAUCAAACCGGAGGAGCCCACCAUGCUGUUUGUGACCAAAUGCCCGUGCGACGAGUGCGUCCCUCUGAUCAGAGGCGCCGGCAUCACGCACAUCUACACCACGGACCAGGACCGGGACAAGCACAAGGGAGACAUCUCCUACCUGAGGUUCGGCAGCCUGAAAGGCGUCAGCAAGUUCAUAUGGCAGAGGAGCCCUUCGGUUUCCUCGGCGUCCUCUCCUCACCACGCCAAUGGUUAUGUCGGGAAGCACAGCAGGCAGGCCGAGUGGGAGAGUCACAGCAAGAAGAAGCUGUGCACCAACAGAUCCCACGACUCGCCGACUGUCAGCUGAACGCCGGCCGCAGACGGACAAAUGCAACGCUACAGGGAACUGUAAGAACUGGGAGAAAUCGGAACGUUAAGUCUGCGCCACACAUCAUUUUAUUCAUUCACUCUUUCAUGAAGUACCUGGGAUCGGUGUCAUGACCUUGAUCGCUGGUCUGCCUCUAUGUUGGACCAAAGAAGGAAUCUAUUAGGAAGAAAGGAGCGAGAGCGGGAAAUAGAGAUACAAGAAAAUAUAUUUUAAAUAGUAAUAUAAACUGUGAUAUGUGGAUUUGUCUGUCAGUUCACUUUUAUAUACGUGGUGGAUAGUUCAUUUAAAGGAUGUUGAAUUGCAGAUGGUACGCUACGCCGAAAGUAUUUUCCUCAUGAUUAUAUUACAGAUGUAUUGAUAUGAUGCAUAAAGCAGCUUUAAGGAAGGAGCUGGAUUACAAAGCUUUACUCUGGUGUCAUUGUGUGCUUUGGUGUUUAAAGUAAGUUGAAGCAUAUUUUAAGGAGAUAAAUAUACAUGAGAAUAAAGUUAAGAAAAUGAAAGUUGUACAGCACCUGCCUGUAAACAACACACACACACACAAAGCAUGAAUUCCCAUCCUUUUAUUUGUCGUGAAUGUGGUACAAUAGCAUCAAUGUGGAAAACAAGGUGGCUGCUAUCAGAGAGAGGACACUGGGAAGAUGUGUCACAGCUUACAGCGUCAAAUAAAAAGCUGCUGUUUAUUUUAUGCCAGAAAAGCGAAAGCAGAAUGUCCGUUCACAGUUUUAUAAUUGUUACUGUCACCCAGCUGCACACUUCCUGUUAGAGUAUUAGUCUUCAAAUGUACCGUUUAGAGUCCUAAUUAAAGAGAUUCAAACAUAAACCUUCUGUGGGAGCUGAUAUAACCCUAAUGGAAAAUGGAAUUAUGAUUUUUCAUUUCGGAGUCAAAUAUAAAAGUUUAAGUUACAAACAACUCAAAUAUAGCGAGUUAAAGAGGUUCACUGCUCAAUCACAACAAAUAUGUUCUUAUCCAGAGCAUAUUCUCAGACGUAAUAACUAAGCUCCCCCUGGAGAGAUGCUGUCAAAUACAAAAAGAAGAAAACACACCAAAACCAAAAAGGCACCUUUGACUCUUCUCCUUUCUAACACCAACAUCAGAGCAGAACACUUUGUCACAGUACAGAGAGAGAAGAAACAAAGACACGAGCGGCCAUCUUUACGGCUCCUCCACACAGCAAAGUGCCUCCUGUUGAAACUAUAUAUAAAACAUAAUUACCCUCAAGCAGUGUGGAAACAGUGAUAUGAUUAACAAACAAAAAGAACAUUUUUUUAAUAUAAUACAGAAAGUACCAUCAGCCACCAGCAAAGAGAACUAGUGAUGAAAACGGGUUGAAGCGGACAUGUUGAUCCCACUAAAAGACGAAAAAAAGAAGCAGAAAUUCUUCAUAUAUGUUGUUUUUUUUUUGGAUUUGCAGCUACUUCAUUUAAAUAGUUAAAAAUCAACACGCGUGCUGCGACUAACUGAGGAUCUGGUGGCUGUGAUUCUCCCAACAGAGCUAAUCAGCUUCCUCCGACACCUUGAGUUGUGGCGCUACAUGCUACAGAUGAAAGGGCAAAGAGAUUUCACGAUUAAAAAAAAAUGUACAAAAGAAAAGAUCAGUGAUUGAGAACUACUGUUGCACGAGUUUUAAAUGAACCAAAGACAAAUAACGUCUUUAAAUAAAAUAGAAUGACUGUUAUUGUUAAUGUGUUGUUUUCUUCUACGUCUUCCUAUCAAAUAAAAAAGCCGCGCUCCUCUAGGAGGCCGGUUUCUUCAGAUCCCUGAUCUGUUUGAUUAGGUAGGUCUUCUCGUCGUUGAACUGCUCGUCGUCUGUGCGGUCCUUCUGGAAGUUGCUCAGGAAGUCGAUCAGCUUGGUCUGGUUCUUGAGCAGGAUGUCGAUGAUGGGCUGCGUCUUGUUGGGAUUGGCGACAAAAACCUGAAGGGGGGGGGGGGAACAGUUUAUUUCUGGACAUUUGCUGCGUUUACAUGCACGCGUGUUGUGUUUGUGUGUUGUUACCUUGAAGAC